AUGGCAAGCAAUCCAAAAGUAUAUGUUUUGGGUGCUGGAUCUAUGGGAUCUUUGGUUGCACAUGAAAUGGCUUCCAAAUAUCCAAAUGCAUUGCAGAUGAUCCUACUCUUCAAGACACAGGGAAGACUAAAUAAUUUUGUGAACAACAACUCUGAACUAGUGGUGGUGAAACCUAGAGGGCCGAAUAUAUUUACUUCUACAUCACAACUUGCUGCUGGACGAUUUCCACCAAGAUUGAAAGAUGGAAAACCAGCACCAAUCAACAAUUUAAUAAUUUCGACAAAAACGUACCAAACCAAAGCAGCAUUAGAACCAUACAUACCAAAUUUAAGUUCAAGUUCUAACAUAUUAAUACUUCAGAAUGGGAUGGGAAUGGCUCAACAUUUAACCGAUACAUUUUGGCCUAAUGAAUCUAAUAGACCUAAUAUAUUGCAAGCAAUCAGUACCCACGGAGCUUACAAGACAGCACCAAAUGUUAUCCACCAUGUUGGUCAAGGAAAGCUCACCAUAGCCCAAAUUCCAAGGAAAUUAGACAUUCAAAAACCGGAAUUGGCGGAAAACGAAUUACCUGAAUUUAUUAAAUUAUUACUACAAACUGAAGAAUUAAAUGCAAGUUAUCUGCCAUAUAAAGCAUUCCUUUUGGUACAAAUGGAAAAAUUAAUAGUAAAUGCUUGUAUAAAUCCUUUGACAGCAAUACUUGAUUGCUUUAAUGGUGAUUUGCUUUAUGGUACAAAAAUAGUUCCGAUUAUGAAGCGAGUCAUAAAUGAAGCAGUUCAAGUGUUCAAGGCUGAAUACAAACUCUUAAAGAAUAUUCCGGAAGCAAACAGCUUUUUGAAUGAUGAUAGGUUAUUAAAUACUGUGUUCGAAAUUUGUAAGACAACAUCACAAAAUAGUUCAUCAAUGAGAGAAGAUAUCAGAAGCUUGAACAAUACAGAAAUUGACUGGAUCAAUGGCUAUAUAGUUGGAUUGGGUUACCAACACAAGAUUCCGACACCAACUAAUAAAAUGAUAAGUUCCAUGGUCAAAAAUAAAUUAAGCAUUGACAGAUCAUUGGAAUCAACUGCAACUAAUCGAGCAUUAAAAGCGUAA